AUAUAUCUAUGUGACGUAUGCAACUGCACAAGUCAAACGCGAAAAGGAGAUGGCGACCGUGGUGUCGUAGAAGUGGAUGAAUUUUCGGUUUCGAUUUCGAAGUACAUGCUCGUGUUUCUUACGAUCGGGAAUAAUAAUUAAAUAUUCAAUAGAUUGAAAAAAGCACAAUACGAUGAGUUUCUUCACCAAAGUGUUCGGCGGCAAGAAGGAGGCAGCUGCUCCUUCAACGGCCGAGGCGAUUCAGAAACUGCGCGAGACGGAGGAUAUGUUAAUAAAGAAACAGGAAUUUUUAGAGACUAAAAUAGAUAAUGAAGUGUUGAUAGCAAAGAAGAACGCGUCGAAAAAUAAGCGAGCUGCUAUCCAAGCAUUGAAGAGAAAAAAGCGAUAUGAAAAGCAGUUACAGCAAAUUGAUGGUACGCUAUCUACAAUUGAAAUGCAAAGAGAAGCACUGGAGAGUGCAAACACAAAUACUGCUGUUCUUACCACCAUGAAGGGUGCUGCAGAUGCAAUGAAGGCUGCGCAUCAGCAUAUGGAUGUUGACCAAGUGCAUGAUAUGAUGGAUGACAUAGCGGAACAACAAGAUGUGGCCAGAGAAAUUUCUGAUGCCAUAUCUAAUCCAGUAGCAUUUGGCCAAGAUGCCGAUGAGGAUGAACUAGAAAAAGAGUUGGAGGAGCUUCAACAAGAACAGCUUGACAAAGAAUUACUCGGUAUUGAUACAACAACAGAUGAACUGCCAGCAGUGCCAACUUCCGUUCCUGUUGCACCAAACAAAACCCGCACAAAAACUAAACCAGAAGAAGAUGAUGAUUUAAAAGAAUUGGAAGCAUGGGCAUCGUAAAGUGAUAUUAGAAGUGACAUUGAAAUCAAAGAUACAGGACAUUUUUAGAUAAAUGUAAAUUACAUAUUAUUACCACGAUAUACAUAAUAUUAUAUCAUAUAUCUUGCUUAAAUAACUAAAUUAAUUUUUUAAUAUAAGUCUGCAGUGUUUAGCUUCUCAAGCAGUUUUUGAAAAAAAAAGAAGUUAUUGAAGUUAAUAAUUAAGCUUUAGUAAAGAUUAUAUUGCUUGUAUUUUUAUGCUGGCAAAUAUUACUAACAAUUGAACAGUAACAAAUCUAACUGGAUAAAUACCAGUGAAUAGGGGAGAGAAAUUGAGUACAUAUAUAUUUUAUAUUUACAGUAAAUAUAUUGAUAUAAUAAAUGGAGAUAAAACAUAUGAAAAACGAUGAAUGUAAUUCAUGUAAUAUAAAUAAGUAUAAACAACAUAACCCUGCUUGUGUAUCAUGUGAAAAAAAAGAUAGAUUGUAAGCGUAAACAUAUAAGUAUGUAAUAAAAAUAGACCGAGCGAC